CCAGCAAACCUCCCUUGUUUUUGGGUCAUCACAUUCACAGCAGCCAUGUUAGACCUGGAGCUCUCAAUUUCUUUGCUCCCUUGCCUUUUAUCCUUACUUUUCUUCUUCUUCAUCAUCAAUUCCAAGUCUAUUUUCACAAGCUUUUGUUCCUCCAACAAGUCCGCUAAGAGUCCAAGAUCAUACCCACUUAUCGGCUCUUUCCUCUCAUUCUAUGCAAAUCGAACCCGACUCGUUCAAUGGACAUCAGAUAUUGUGACCAGCACAUCCACUUCCACCUUCGUCCUUCACCGCCCUUUGGGCCGCCGCCAAGUCUUAACUGCCAAUCCUUCCAAUGUUCAGCAUAUUCUCAAGACCCAUUUCCAUAUCUACCAAAAAGGCGAAUUCUUUCGAACACACAUCUUCGACCUACUUGGCGAUGGCAUCUUUAAUGUGGACGGCGAGAACUGGAAGUUCCAGAGACAAGUUGCUAGCCAUGAAUUCAACCCCAAAUCUUUACGCAAAUUUGUCGAAACUGUUGUCGACACGGAGCUCUCAGAUCGCCUCAUUCCUAUCUUCUCCGCCGCAGCUGCGAACAAAACUGUGCUUGAUCUUCAGGACAUUCUUCAGAGAUUCGGAUUUGACAACAUAUGCAAGAUUGCUUUCGGACACGAUCCUGCCUAUUUGCUGCCAUCUCUUCCUCAAGAAAAAUUCGCUUUAGCCUUCGAAACUGCUGUUCAAAUCAGCAAUGAAAGGCUCAGAGCCUUUCAUCCCCUGAUUUGGAAAACUAAACGGCUUCUCGACAUUGGAUCUGAGAAACAGCUUCGAAUUUCUGUCAAUGAAGUUCGGGAAUUCGCCAGAGAAAUAGUCAAAGAAAAGAAGCAAGAACUGAGUGAAAAAUCAUCGCUCGAAUCCGUUGAUCUUUUAUCACGAUUCGUUAGUUCUGGACAUUCAGAUGAAAACUUCGUCACCGACAUAGUCAUCAGCUUCAUAUUGGCAGGUCGAGACACCACAUCGGCGGCCUUGACAUGGUUCUUCUGGCUAAUCUCGAGACACCCAGAUGUGGAAAAUGAGAUUCUGAAAGAGAUCAAUGAAAAGUCGGAAGAUGCGAGUUUUGAGGAAGUGAAGGACAUGGUUUACACGCACGCAUCGUUGAGCGAGAGCAUGAGACUAUAUCCGCCAGUCCCCAUUGACUCAAAAGAAGCGAUAGAUGACGACGUGUUGCCGGAUGGGACGGUAAUCAAGAAAGGUACGAGGGUGGCUUACCAUCCAUACGCAAUGGGGAGAUCGGAGAAGUUGUGGGGGAGGGACUGGGCAGAGUUCCGGCCAGAGAGGUGGUUGGAAAAGAGAGACGAGGCGGCCGGAAAGUGGAGCUUCGUGGCAAGGGACCCAUACACUUAUCCGGUGUUCCAAGCUGGACCGAGGAUAUGCCUAGGAAAGGAGAUGGCGUUCUUGCAGAUGAAGAGGGUGGUUUCUGGUGUCUUGCGGCGGUUUCGAGUUGUGCCAGCUUUUGAGGAAGGUGAAGAGCCUAUUUUAAUAGCUCAUCUGGCGUCCAAGAUGAAAGGUGGUUUUUCGGUGAAAAUUGAGGAGAGGGUUGAGAAGGAUUUCUGACGCCGGCGACGUUGCGGCUGUAGCCGUUGCAACAGUGUGAAGACUUCUAUAUAUAUGGAAUAAUUAUUUGGUCUUUCGAGGUAUCACCCUAUAGCAAAAUUAUACAAUAGUCCCAGUACCAAGUUGUGGAGUCA